GCUCGUUUAUCGAUAACCGAGUUCCGUGUGGCGAUUUCGUUAGCAUAUUUACAGGUAAAUACAGGUAACUUGUUGGGCAAUUGUGAAACUCAGAGACUCAGAGAUCCAGGACAGGAUGCGGGAACAGCCACUGAAGGAGGUCACCCAGCUGAUCCACGCCAUCAAAGUGGGGAUGGUGGAGGGAUCCUACAACAUAACCAACAAGACGCUGGACAUCUUCAAGUACAUCAUCAUGAGCAAGAGCUGGCAGAACGCAGAUGCCCUCAUGCAGAUUGUGCGCGGCCAGUGCAAAAUCCUGCAGGCCGCUCUGCCCCAGGAGACAGUCACCUCGAACAUCGCCCGCCGGAUCCUGAAGCUGACCCGCGAGGAGUUCGACCUGCUGCACGCCAAGGUGCAGCACUUCGCCGACGACUCGCAGGCCUCGCUGUCGCUCCACAAACUGGUCACCCAGACGAGCGAGAGCAACGUGAGCGUGGACUACUCGGUGCCGCAGCAGGGACUGCGGGAGGCCCUGCUCGACCAUCUGCAGGAGGUGGAGACGGAGCUGGAGACCAGCUCGGAGAACAUUUGCGUGCAGGCCGAGGAGCAUGUCCACUCGUCGGAGAUCAUUUUGACCCUGGGACACUCGCGCAGCGUCGAGAACUUCCUCAAGCGGGCGAUCAAGAAGCGCCAGUUCCUCACCAUCAUCGUGGCCGAGUGUGCGCCGGCAUGUCGGGGUCACAAUUUGGCCGCUAGCUUGGCGGGUGAGAAGAAUGUGGAGAUCGUCGUGAUCCCGGAUGCGGCCAUCUUUGCCAUGAUGUCGCGCGUCAACAAGGUAAUCAUAGGGACGCACAGUGUCCUCGCGAACGGAGGACUGAGGGCCGCCUGCGGAGCCUACACGGUGGCCCUGGCCGCCAAGCACUACUCCGUGCCGGUCAUCGUGCUGGCGCCCAUGUACAAGCUGUCCCCGCUGCAUCUGUGCGAGCAGGACGCCUUCAAUAUGGUCGGCUGUGCGGAGGAUGUGAUACCCUACGACUCGAUUCCCGCCCGCGAGGCCAAGGUCUACAGUCCCAUGUUCGAUUAUGUGCCACCGGAACUGGUCACGCUUUUCAUAUCCAACACCGGUGGCCACGCCCCCUCCUAUGUGUACCGCCUACUCACGGAACUGUAUCAUCCCGAAGAUCUGGAGAUUUGAAAUCGUGUUUGUCUCGUUAUUUUUACAGAAAUCGACUAAUAAAGGCUGACCCUCAAAAUCCUUAGAAGCAA